UUUAGUGUGUUGUUUACGUUUACCCAACCUAAGAGUUGAUUCAUGACUCUCUGGUUUUUGUGUUUCUAAUGUGAAGUGCACAUUGUUCAAAGCGUCUUGUGUUUUUCCAAAAGGGUGUUUAUAUUUGUAGACUGUGAAGAUUUUAACCAAAAAAAUCUGUUUCCCUUUUGUUAUCCCAAAGUCUAAACCUACUUACCGCUAGUUAUACAUACAUACGUGUAUGUUAUACAUACAUACGUGUAUGUAUAUUUAAAAAUGGACGGUAAUGGCAUGUUUGUUCUUAAUGCCGACUGUAUUUUGGAAAUAAUGAAAUACGUAAUUACUGAUUGCCAGUUAAAUGAGCGCCAUGUUGAAAUGGGGACUCUAGUCUACAAUGACUUAAAAAAUUUUGUUUUGGCCCACGAAUUCUUCGUCGAAUUGCUUGCGGAUCAUCACAAGAUCCUUUACAAGGAUCUUGAGUUGGCACUAGCGUGCAGGACCAUAAAGCUGCUUAUAGAUCUUCGAGUGAAUAAGCAAUCGAAAAACGAAGAAAUUUUCUGGAGAUCCUUUCUGGAAUCGGUCAGGGAAAAAAGUCCGUUCGAUCUUCAACUGUCUUUUCAAGGCUUAUACGUACAUAUUAAGAUAACAGGCAUCUCAUCGGGCCGCACGCACCAAGAAACGUUAAAAUUUGACUUAACGCUUAAUGCAGACGCAUUGGCUGACAUUCUCAGCUCCAACCAAAAUCUAACCAAGUUGAGCUUUGAAAGCACUGAAGUGCAUGGAGAUCUUUCCGAUAUCAUACCCCAUUGCGCCAAUAUCGAAGAACUGAGAAUCACGUUGAAUGCGGGUGACGUGGCAUCCCAAUAUGAACCACUAGUAAACUUGCCCAAUCUGAAAAACAUUUUGGUUACUGGGUUACAAAGAAGCGAGUCGGAAUCGCUGUUUUUUAGCAAUUUAAAAAAGUGGCACAGGCCAUCGAGUCUUCCACCUUUGACACUAAAAAUCGAAGAUUACCUAACCGACAUUCAUCGACCUAUAACGUUUGCCACUUUAAAUUCAUUACGAUGUUUGCGUGUGAACGAAACCAAAGCAUAUUAUGAACGAAUAUAUAAAUGGAAAUGGAAUGCAAUUUUUAGGGCCGAGUACGAUUUAUCUGCAAUGGAGGACGACAGCAAUUCAAUAGAGGAUUCUCUGGCCACCAUUAGAUUGGGUGAAGGGGUUAAGAUCAAGUUUAUAUGGUCUGAAGGUAAACUUGAGUUAAAGUUACAUAAUAAAUCUAACAUUAGUGAAAUGGGAUCUUUAUCAAAACUGCCUAAUCUCACUCGCUUGGUUGUACAAAAUAAGACGUAUUGUUUAGAAAAUCCCGAUUCACUUGCCAUAUUCCUGCGAUCAAUGGCUCCAAACGGGUCAUUCGCUUUAAAGUCAUGUAAAAUAAAUUAUGCACGAUUGCAUCAAGCUGAGAUUGAAGAGCUCGCGAAAAUAAAGUCACUUCGAUUCCUCGCAUGCCACUUACACGACGUGCCUGAUAUCAACUUCAGUCAGAUGACUAACUUGCAACACAUGAAACUCAAUUUCCGCCAAAAUUUCAUUACUUCUAAUGUAAUCCAUAAUCUGCUAAGCAAAUGCCAGGUGCAAGCAACCAUAUUCAGUGAAGAUGUUACCAUUACACUAUGGAGGGCAGAAAAACGUUUAGAGAUCUAUCUGCGUAAUUGUGAAAACACCGAUUUUGCUAUUCCCCUUGCCAAACUAAAGGAUAUUAAUACCCUCGUGAUUUUAGGGCAUCAGAAUUUGGAAUAUCUUAAUACGAUCUUCGAUGCUUUCGCGGACAAUUUAAGUACAAUCGAAGAAUUGGAUUUAUCCGAUCUACAACCAUACCGUUCCGACUUAGAAAGCGUUCGUUUCGAAGAUAUUUCCAAAGUGACCGAAAUUCAAACCAUUAGGUCGCUUCGAUGCUGCUUGUCAGAUGUGACUGGUGUUCAGAAACUGGCAGAUCUAAACAAAUUAGAGAACUUGGAAAUAUACCAUUCUGGAGAUGGCAAUCUUAUAAAACUUUUGACAAAACUUGCUGAGAAAAACACAAUUAAAUGUUUAAAAACUGGAAAACUCACCCACGAAGAGGUUUUAAAGAUAAGCCAAAUGAGGUCGUUAAAAACUUUGGUGUGUCGUUUAUCAAACGAGGAUGACCUCAAAUUCUUUGCUGAGCUAGCAAACUCCAGUAUCGAAGAAUUAAUUAUUAUUGAAUAUACUAACCCAAUGUGGGUUACUCCCUCUCUGUUUUCUUCGCUAAAAAAAAAGCUACUUUGUGACUUAGAUAUAAGCCACAAAAAACUGAAUUUUUUUGAAACGGUUGACGUUAUUAAAAUAACGGGACUGAAAAGAUUAUGUGCUGGCUUUGUUGAUGCGGAGUGUGCGGAAAUAUUAGAUAGACUACCUCAGCUAGAGGACCUAACUAUUGGCUUUAUCAAAACUCCUUUGGAAACUAUGCUAAGGGUUAUAGCACUCAAGUCACCAAUGACUCUCAAAAAAUUGGAGCUAUGCAACUGGAUUGGUGGUAGCGAAUGUGAAUGUUUGACUCAAUUCGAAACAUUGGAAUCUUUAACAUGUUCAUUGCGUAAUGAGACGGGCAUAGAUCAUUUGGCCAAUAUACAAAACCUUAAAGAAUUACUUAUCCACCGUGGCGCUCCGCCUACAAAUCUUUUCCGUGCCUUUGCCCAAAAAAGUGAUUCAAAGUUGGAGAAACUUCAAGCUCCUGUCACAUGUUCUGCUGAGAUCCGUGAAAUAUCACAGAUUAAAUCACUAAAAACACUAAAUGUUGAUUUGACGAAAAUGUGUGAUAAUUUAUCAGACCUCAGUAGAUUGAAUGAACUAAAAUCGUUGAGUAUAUUUGAUAGUUAUGGAUGUAAAUUAAAUAGCGAUAGCUUCUUGUCAAUUAUUCGGUAUUGUCCACAGCUCGAUUGCGUCGAUUUGGGAUUUUUUUAUGGGGUGGCUUUAGACUUAGUCAGCCAAGUAAACAAUGUUCUGAAAUCUAUUAGAGAUCCCGCAAAUCAGAAACCACUACAACUAGGCAUUUUUAGUAAAAACAUUUACCCGAAAAUCCAUGUGGAAGACAUUGAUGAGUCAAUAUUAAAUGUCUCUUAUUCGUACGAAGAAGUCUUCGGUGGUUACGAAAUCGAAUUUAAUUCUGAAAACGAGGAUUCAGAUGAUUCAGAUUCUUUUGACUAUGAAUAGUUAAAACCUAAUUUUUAAAAAGUAGACACACAAAAUCCAAGAAAUAAAACCAGAGAGAACGCUAUAGUCGAGUUCCCCGACGAUUCGAUUAAAAUUGCGAGAAACAAUACAAACGUUAUUUUGUAA